UAAUCUGAGUCAGGCCUUCGGUGAUACUUAAAAUUGCAGACAGAAUGAAACACUUCAGUCAUGGAAGCUUUAUGAUGUGAUGGGCUAAGAUAACUGAAACCCAUAAUUGAAAAUAUUCUGGCUAAAUUUGCCAUUAUAUGAUGAAAGGAACUUCAAAAAGUGAGAGGCAUUAACAAUUUACUCAUAGAAAAUAUGCAGACAACAGGAUUUUCUCGGCCGGUGGUGGUGAAAGAGUGGCCCGUUCGUCAUUGCUUUGUCUCUCUUCCCCGCCACUGGGCAAGCAUGACCCUCCCUGCCCCAACACCUACAUUUUGCUUGGAAACCUCAAAGGGACAGUCUCUUAUGCUCUCAUGGGCAGGAAAUAUUCAUAAUCCAAGCUCAGAGAGGGAGAACACUAUAUUAGUUGGCAGAGAAGUAUUGAAAGAUUGCAAAAUAAGUGAUGGUGAAGUCGGUGUGUUAACUCAAGUUCAGGUACCACCUCCCUGUUCAACGAUUACAGUUAUGGUUGGGUCACUAGCACAGUGGCAGGACAUGGCACUCAAUGCAGAAGUUGCCCAGUCUGCAAUCUUAAGUCAGGUACGGGUAAUAGGUAUAGGGCAAUGCAUUCCUCUAUGGUUGGAAGGUGGAGUAUGUGUCUACCUCACUGUUACCAGUCUUGAACCUUCUCUCAAAUAUGCUAUUCUCCAACCCAUGACCCAAGUAGAAGUUCUCCCACCCAUGGAUACUGAAAGAUCUCAAGAAUAUACUGCAAUUAACUUUGUACCAACAAGUACAGAAUCUUUGGAUGAAAGUGAUGAUUUUACUAGUAAUCAGGAAAAGGUGCAUUCUAGUAACUCCUCUGAAGUUUCUGAUGUUUCAUCUGGAGGUGAUGAGGAAAUCCAAGGACAAAAUAGUUUUGAAAAAAGUAUGUUUACAAUGAUACUGAACUAUAUGCAGAGAAAACUUAAUGAACAAAAAGCAGUGUGUGACUUGCCAGUAAAGAGAGAGAUACGAUUAGGCUACAGGGUGGUUCCUGUUCCAGAAGAACUAAACUCUGUGUUCACUGAUGGCCUCCUUGAUCACCCAUCACUAAUCAUCAUCAGUAGAGAAAGUCUGUUGUAUACUUAUUACAAAGAUGAAGUUAGUUUUAUUUGUUGCAUGAGAACAAUUAAUUCCUUGAAAGAAAAUUCUGAAGUUUCAAUUUCCUCUAGAGAAGAAAAUAAAUCAAAUGAAUUACAGAAACAAAAAAGCAAAUCAAGUGGUGAGGCACUUGCUUCAUGUCUGUGUAUAGCUAUUGUGUGGGAAAAUUUUAUUCAGGGAAGAAAUAAAAGUGUUGACUUUACAAGUAAAAUAAGUGCUCUCUUGAAAGCAAACAAUUGUGUGAUUCCUAAUUGUUUAAGACGGAUUAUGAGACUUGGCACCCUGAGUGUUGUUGAACUACAGACAUCAGAUAUUAUUGUCAAGAAUAUACCAGUGUCUGUCGACAUACUGCCUCUCACACCAGUAGGUGAUUCUAAAACAUUGUUACUCUGUGAAAAUGUUAAGAUGCUGUUGAAAAAUUUAGCUGAUGAAUAUACAGUGAUUAUUAAUCAGAAUACAUUGAUAGAAAUUAAUUUAGAUGGUAAAAUGGUUGAUGUGUUUAUUACAACAAGGGAUGGCAUUCCUUUGAAACUUGAUAAUAAAUCAGUACCAUUGUUGGUAGUAACACUGUUGAAGCAGUAUUCCAGUCUUCCAUACAUUCACAGUACAGUUAAUAGCCUUAAUAGAAGUUUCCAUGCAAAACUUUCCUAUGUUGGAGAUGAAAGAAUCUUCUUAAAUUUAAAGCAGCAUAUCUUGCUUGGACAAGGCUACAGAGGUGAUUCAUAUAAUAUUGGUCCUCAGUUUGUACUUCUGCAGGGUAGUAAAGGUUCAGGGAAAACUAGCUUAGUUGAAUCACUUCUUGAGUGUCUUUCGGCUUAUCCCUACUAUAUGCAUUCUGAUAUUGUCAGUUUUAAGAAACUGAAAGGAAAGAAAAUGGAAACAGUAGAAAAAAAGCUGCAACUUGUCUUCAAAGAAGCUAUUUUUAAAAGACCUUCAAUUAUUGUGUUAGAUGAUGUUGAUUAUUUAGUACCAUCACAGGCAUCUAUAAGUGAAGAUUCUGGACCAGUGUAUGAACACACAGUGCAGAUGGUCAGUAUGAUCACAGGCCUUUUAGAUCAACUUAUAAACUUUUUAACGGAUCUUGACUUUCCAUUACACUUGGAGAACUCAAAAACAGGCUCUGUAAUGGUUAUUGCAACAUGCAUAACCAGGACAAGUGUUCAUCCUCUUCUGGUGAGCCCUCAAGGGUGUCACUAUUUUCCUUGCACUUUUGGAAUUACUCCCUUAGAACCAGAGGGCAGGCUUAAAGCACUGAAUGUUAUGCUUAAAGCUCACUUGAAAAAGUAUAAAUGCUGUUACAAGAGUUGUCUGCUAGAGGCUGAUAAAACCUGUAAACUUGACAAGGAUUCAUUGUCCCGGUGCAUACUGAUAGAUACCAAAGUGAUUACCAGACAGACAGAAAGUUUUGCCCUUCCAGAUUUAAGCCACCUUGCUCUAAGAACCUUUUUACAAGCAAAGUAUCGGUGGGAAUGCAGAACAAGAGGAAGAUUUUCCAAUAUGAAAAGCCAGUCAGAUUUUCCUAACCAAAUACAUAGGGUACCUCUUUCCCAUGGAACCAUCAGCUUGAGUGAAGACAGUGUUGAGACUCCAGACACAACCUCUGAUGUCAUCCUGAACUGUGAUGUUGAAGCUGCCUUCCAAGGAUACAUACCUCUGGCUCUUCGAGGUUUGUUGUUAUCAGAGAAAAAAACUAAUGCAAGCCUACAAGUUGGUGGCCUAGCAGAGGCGAGCAAGACACUUGAAGAAACUCUCACUUGGCCAUCAGUAUAUCCAAACCUUUUUAGUAAGAUUAAGUUGAGACUUCGUUCUGGAGUGUUGCUAUAUGGUCCCCCUGGUUGUGGCAAGACUCUUCUUGCUAAUUCUGUCACUGCCAGCUGCCAAUUGAAUUUAAUUUCAGUGAAGGGACCAGAGCUUCUCUCAAAAUAUAUUGGUGCUAGUGAAAAGGCUGUCCGAAAUGCAUUUGAAAGAGCUUCAAGUGCCAAACCAUGUGUCCUCUUUUUCGACGAGUUUGAAUCAAUUGCACCUCGUCGUGGACAUGACAGUACAGGAGUUACUGAUCGGGUUGUGAAUCAACUGCUUACACAGAUGGAUGGUGUUGAAGGCCUCACUGGUGUCUACAUUCUGGCUGCAACCUCAAGGCCAGACCUUAUUGAUCCAGCACUGCUCCGGCCAGGACGCCUAGACAAGUGUGUGUUUUGCCCCAUUCCAUCAUUAAGUGAUAGAAAAGAAAUUCUUCUGGUCCUUAGUGAAGCUAUGGAGUUAGGUGAUGAUAUAGACUGGGAAGAGGUUGCUAGGGCCACAGAGAAUUUUACUGGUGCAGACCUCCAGAGUCUCUUGUCUACGUCUCAAGUUCUGGUUGCUCAAGAAGUUCUUGGAAAUACUUUGUAUGAUGGUGUAAUCCAAGAUGACCAGAGUAAUGUGAAGGAAGAAGUGACAGACACUGCAAAUACUGUUUCUCAUGAUGUAGCUGAGUUAGCAGACUCAACCGUGUACUCUAGAGAUGAUAGUGUAGAUCAGGAACACGAAAGAGAUGUUCAUUUGAAACAUACCAUACAGGAAAAAAUAAUUUUUGAAAAAGAUAAAGAGAAAGUGACAUUUAGUCAAAAAAGAAUUUUUUUUAAAAGGGAUUGUAAUUUAGAUAUUGAAAAUAAGACUGAUGAUAAAAAUGUUCUAGUUGCAAAAGUUACUGACAAACUGGAAUGUGACACUCCACAAAAUAAUGCUUGUGGCCAGUCUAAAAACUUGAAAUUUAGAGUUUUUAAAAGACAUAUUGAUGCUGCACUGAAGGAAGUAAAACCUUCUGUUACAUUGAUUGAUCGGCUAAGAUAUGAACAUUUAUAUGCAACUUUCACCAAGUCUAAAGAGGGAAGCUUUGGUAAACCAUCUCCAGGGAAGAGAGCUACUCUAGCAUAAACAAGAUAGAAAAAUAAAUAUUAUUUUUGAACUAAUUUUUUGUGGCUAUUACAGAAAAAAAAGGUGUUGAAUACAUUAAAAUGGAGAGAAUUAAUUUUAAUUUUAGAGACAGUGUGAUUUCAUUUUUAUAUUCAAACUGUUUUGUUUUGGUCUACUUGUUAUAGUACUUGUGAGCACAAUUAAUGUUGGACAUUUAUUGAGAUUGUAUCAUUGUUCAGUUAAAUACUUAAUGAUAUUUUUGAAGAAAUUACAAUAAAAUGCAUGAUUGCAAAUAUGAAAAAAUACCACAGUGAAAUAGAAAAUAAAACAUUAGCAUUUUCAUGUGCUUACAUACACAUCUUCAGAGGAAGUGGCGUGUGUAAGCACAUGAAAGAUACUUGUGUAAGCACAUGAAAGAUACUUGUGUAAGCACAUGAAAGAUACACAAAUAACCCGCACAUAAAAGACAGAAGCUUAAGACGAUGUUUCGGUCCGACUUGGACCAUUGACAAAGUCACACUGAACAGAGCUUCAAGUGCCAAACCAUGUGUCCUCUUUUUCGACGAGUUUGAAUCAAUUGCACCUCGUGUGACUUUGUCAAUGGUCCAAGUCGGACCGAAACGUCGUCGUAAGCUUCUGUCUUUUAUGUGCGGGUUAUUUGUGUAUCGUUCCAGUCACGGUAUUGUGCCUUUUUGUUAUUUAUGAAA